AUGCAAAAUCGAACCGAGCCCAAUGUCUUCCAACAACCACAAACCCAGCCUACUUCCUUUGCUCAGAUGUCUAUUUGUUCUACUCGAGAUCAGCCAAACCAUGAUGGACCAUCACAAACCGAGCCCAAUGUCUUCCAGCGACCACCAAGCCAGCCCACAUCCCUUUCUCGGAUGUCUAUUUGUUCCACUCGAGAUCAGCCAGACCAUGAUGGGCCAUCACAAACCAAGCUCAACGUCUUCCAACAACCACAAACCCAGCCUACUUCCUUUGCUCGUAUGUCUAUUUGUUCCACUCGAGAUCAGCCAGACCAUGAUGGGCCGGCAUCACAAACCGAGCUCAACGUCUUCCAACAACCGCAAACCCAACCUACAUCCCUUUUUCGGAUGUCUAUCUGUUCCACUCAAAAUCAGCCAAACCAACAACCUACCCAUCGCCAAAGCGUACAUUCCACUCAAAAUCAGCCAAACCAACAACCUACCCAUCGCCAAAGCGUACAUUCCACUCAAAAUCGGCCAAACCAACGACCUACCCAUCGCCAAAGCGUCCAAUCCCAAAGAAUAUCAGCAUCUGCGGCAAAUGCCCAUCAAUCCAAUUCUAACUCUAUAACCCAUGCAGCGACAUCCCCUCAUGAAGAAGACUCAGCGCCGCCAUCAUCGCAUGGUGCGGAUUCGGAUGAUGUGCAAGAAGAUGACCAAGAUACCCCAGAAUCCGACUUUGAUGGAGUUUUUGAUCUAGGUGAACAUCGCAAGUAUGAAAAUCGGGGAGCUUCACGCCGAGCUCGAAAGACAACGGCAAGACAUGAUGGCACUCGCUAUGAAAAGCUAGCUAAGGAUCCAGUAGAGUGUUCUCAGUACGAACGACUAACCAUUGCAAUGCAUCAUUACCACAACUUGCUCCUAGGUAUUGUUCGGAAACGUAAAGGCCAAAAGGGCAAUCGAUUGCUCCCUCUACCACCCUCGGACGAUGAAUAUUCCGCUUGGGACAAACGGAAAACUGAGCGUCGACACAUUGUUGACAAGAGUGUCAAAAAAGCUCGUAAUCGCUACCUCCGAAAACAUCCAAAGGCUCUACCUGCUCAGCUUGCUAAAGUUGCAGAUCACGCGGCUGAAGACGCAAUCUCCACAAUCCCUCCAGUCAAAUUUACCUCUCUAGUUGCCCUCAGGAAUUCAGGCGUUCUUUAUUCAACAACGGUCGUCUCUAUUUGCGAAGGUGCACUGGCCCUGUCUGGCUUUGCGCGAUUUACUUACGAUUGGACUGAUACCAUCAAGUCAAAAUGGAAUGAAGCCGUAUCUUGCAUUAUUAUCCAAGAGUGGGAGAAGUGCUACAAAAGGGGUGAUGCUGAUGAUUAUGACAUUGAUUCCACACAAGUGACGCCCAAAAAUCUUAGACAAGUUAUUGACCGGUGGUUCAAGACCAAGGCGCGCGAAUUUUCAAACCAAUCCGGUGACCAGACACAAGAAGAUGACGAAAACCAAGCUCUUUUGCAAGAGGCUGCAAAAGAGAAAACUCGCCGAAGGGAAUCACGAAAGAGGAGAAUUUUCCCGGAACACCGAAGCCUCCAAGCGCUCUUGUCCGAGAGAUCAAUCCAUUCUGAAGAUGAAGUGGACUCUACUGGUCACGCUUACCGGAAGCCAAAGCUUUGGAGACAUAAAGAUCUCAAUGAAUUCCGGAAGCCAAAGCUUUGGAGACAUAAAGAUCUCAAUGAAUUCCUCCACGAGUUGGACGCGCUGUAUAUCAAAGAACAGCAGACUGACCAGGCAAUCACCUCCGCUAACUAUCUUGCCCGACCGCCAAAGGGAUUUCCCAAAGCUUUACUUGACCAGGACUUUAUAAAUCAACAUGUUUCAAGAGUCGCCGUUUUGGGCCUUGAACUAUCUGCACACAAGUAUGACUUGAGGCCCUUAAUUGAACGUACUAAAUGGCUUCAGCUACCAGAAGCCAGUUACGUUGCCACUUUGGGUGUCGGUAUCAAGUCUGAGUGUCAGUGCACCGUAAGUAGCGGAUUCUUCUCAAACAACAAAACAGCCAGCGGAACCCUUCAAGAACUGCCGAACCAACCUCACAUUCAUUACAGCAGAACCUUUCAGAAGACCAACUCAAAUCACCACUCGCUUUUCUUUGUGCCCACCUCUUGUUCGCUUUUCCUCGACCAUUUCCCUUCCUCUCAAAGCUAUUCACCAAGUGCUAACUUCCAAGACACACUACCACUAAGACACACUACCACAAUUACAUCACGAACCGUUGCCGCGAUCGCUUUUAUGUUCCCUUUGGACAUGCGCUCCUUACCCGUCUCGCAUUCAUCGCCACCCUUGUACUUGGGUUUUUUGCAGGUCAUCCGUUUCCGAUCCACUCGUUCUUACUUCAAGAACUGUGCUACCAAGGCGAGAAGUUGGCUUGCCCUGGCAGCUCGCCGAUUUCAAGCCAAUCGUGAAACCCCGGGCCAAUUGUUUUCAAGUAGCCCGCCUCCAGCCUCAGUCGCGUCUUCCGGCCCUCCUCAGUCGCCUGCCGUCUUACCUUGUACCACUCCUUCCAGUCCCAUCACCUCACCCGACCCUGCUCUGUCGGCUCUAAUCAUACCUACUACCUCCGAACCUCCCAGCCCCAUGAGCAUUGACCCUGCUUCCUUCGCCCUCAUGCCUCCUCACUAUGGCGACCCCAAUACUCUUUUUACUCUUCCCUCGACUUCUUCCUCCUCCACUCGCACCAGCCCUAUGAGCAUCGACCCGCCCUCUAUCAUCGAGAGCUUCCAACAUUCGACUGGUUCAACAUCAUCUCGCACCGUGUCAUCUCGUCGUUCCGCAUGCUAUUUCACAAUCGAGCAACUUCUAGAUCUGGAAAUCCAUCGUCUUUCGCCCACGCCCAGCUCUUCAAGACAGCCACGUCCACCAUCCGCGACUGACGUGUCACCCCCAGAUUUGGCUACUCACCUUGCAGCUCGGAUCCCACGACCUUAUGCUCACUCCCCUUGCCCGGACGUUUCCCUUCCUCCGUCGCCCCCAUUCGAUUACGCACCUGUGAAACGAUCUUGUUCACUCUCUGUAGUUGAUGAGUCACACGCACAACCUUACAAGCGCAACAAGCGCCACAUGUCGGAAGGCUUGCCUCCUCAGCCUCUAGCGCUAGACGUCAGGAAACGUCGCUUCUCCGUCUUGUUGGAAGACGGUCAGCAUGUACAACCGUAUAAGCGCUACAAGAUCAGUUCUCGAGUUCCUCUUUAUGCGGCGGAUGCGUUUCCUCUUACAUCUUCCUCCAGGUAUCAGCACGGUUGGUGUGUUGACUCAAACAAGACGCCCGAAUUUUGGACUUCAUGUCAAAAGACAAUUCAAGAGUCGUAA